GGAAAGGGCGGAGGGAAGCGGCUGCCUGGAUUCCUCUGCGGAGGGGUAAGCAGCGAGAAGCUGAGACAGGUGGAGAAAAAAAAUGCCCGGAGAGAGAAAACCAACAGCCGUCAGGUAACCGCGGCCAUUCGGAAGAAAACAAGCACUCCUCCUCCGUCUCUUAUUGUGCAAUGAUAGCAGCACUGAUAGCAAGACAACAGAAUGGAGUCCAAGUUCUACAAUCAGCCUGCCUUAUGGUCCAAGUCAGCCAUCUAUACACUCCUAUUAGGAGGUGCCUUUGUUACUCUGGGAUCAAGUCGUAUCCUCCUGAUGAAAUACUCUGCCAAUGAAGAUAACAAGUAUGAUUACCUUCCUGCAACUGUAAAUGUGUGCUCAGAGUUAGUGAAGCUGGUGCUCUGUCUGAUAAUGGCACUCUGGGUAACCAGGAAAGGAGGAUAUUCUCAUAGUGGAUUUGGCUGCGGUUCAUGGAGGCAAUUCUGUAGCUACAUUAAAUGGUCAAUACCUGCCUUUCUUUAUUUUUUGGAUAAUCUGAUUGUUUUUUAUGUGCUCUCCUACCUCCAGCCAGCCAUGGCUGUGCUGUUCUCAAAUUUUGUCAUUAUAACAACUGCUCUCCUGUUCAGGAUAGUCCUGAAACGGCAGCUCUCCUGGGUGCAAUGGGCCUCUCUCCUGAUUUUGUUCCUGUCUAUCAUAGCCCUUACUGCGGGGACUGGAAGCAACCACCAUAGCUUGGCGGUGCAUGGAUUUCACCAUGAUAGUUUUUUCAGCCCAUCUAACCACUGCCUGCAGUACACGAAGCCGGAGGAUGAAUGCUGGGGGAGAGAAAAUUGCACAACACCGUGGCUCUUCCCCAGUUUCACUUGGAACAUCACCACCACUGCCACAGGAGUCUUGACAUCACUUCAGCUUGGUCUAGGACAUCUGCUCAUACUACUGCAGUGCUUUAUUUCUGCUCUAGCCAACAUUUAUAAUGAAAAGAUACUGAAAGAAGGUGGCCAGUUCAGUGAAAACAUCUUUGUACAGAACACUAAGUUGUACCUUUUCGGAGCUAUGUUCAAUGCCCUGAUACUGGGCCUGCGCACUGAACAUCGAGGCCAGAUAGAGUUCUGUGGGUUCUUCUAUGGCCACAACACAUUCUCCGUAGCCCUUAUUUUUGUCACUGCUUUCCUCGGGCUCUCAGUGGCUUUCAUCUUGAAAUUCCGAGACAACAUGUUUCAUGUUCUGACUGCACAAGUUACAACUGUGAUCAUAACCACCGUGUCUGUCUUUGUUUUUGACUUCAAACCUUCUAUGGAGUUCUUCUUGGAGGCUCCUGUGGUACUUUUGUCCAUAUUCAUCUACCAUUCCAGCAGCCCUCGAUGCACAGAAUAUACUACACAGUGGGAGAGGAGCAAACUUGGAGGAGGUACAUGGGAGCGCUCCAGUGGGGAUGGAGAAGAGCUCGAGAGACUCACCAAACCAGACAGUGAUCAUGAUUCAGAGGAAGAGGCCUUAUAGUGUUUGGAUUCUUGAGUUUUAGACACUUCUCAUUAGAAGAAAGUACUUCUGCAGUUGGGGGAAGGUAAAAGCUUUUUCAUGCAAAAAGGAGGGAAGUUCUUUUUAUUUUUCCCCACUACAGCAGAAUUUUAAUUUGCCUUUUGAUCAAGCUGUUCAAGGAAACAUAUCUAUGUGAUCCUUCUGCAACAGAAAGCAGUUGCUAUGCGAUGGAUGCUGAUGGGUUAGAAUUGGAAACAUCACUUCGAACCCAUAUGUAUUAAGACUGCUGAUUCUUCCAUAUCAGUAAAAAGGGGGUUAAUUCCAUCCAAGCUGAUCUGAGUACCUCAUUUCAAAGUUGUUAUGAGAUUCAGACUUGAUGGGGCCAAAGAGCACUCCAGGCUUUUCCUGCAUUCCAGAGGAACACAUGCAUCUGGCGUCAAACAGUAUUUGAGGUUACUGUAUAUUUCAUUUACUUGUGUCAGGAGUACUUCCCACAUCAAGUAUUGUAUGGUAAAUUUGUCUGUGCUGCUGUGCGUAUAUUUUGCAAGAAGCCAAGGCCACUCAUAUACAAUGCAUGCUGUGUGUCAGAUGCACAAUUAUGUUUUUAGGUGUACAUGUAAAAUAUAGGAGUACCUUAAAAAUGUAAUGUGUUAAGCAGCCUUCAGUGAUGGAUGCAAUUGCAAUAUAUUAGUAAAGAUCCAGUCCAGGCUUAAUCCCGUGUGUUGCUGGGACUGUAAAAGUGCUUUAAAUGUUCUGUUUUACAUUCUAAAUAAGAGUUUUCAUUCGAAUUUCUAGUAUUUCCUUGAAAAACUCAAAAUUGUUUUGUUCUGUUUGAUCACAAAUGAAACAAGCAAC